AUGCGGGCGUCGCUUCAGAGGCUCCGGCGCCUGCUCAAGUGGCCCUCGCUCUUGCUGUGCUUCCUCGUCGUCGGCCCCUGGUACAAGCGCCUCGUCGCCCGCGUCUUCCUCUUCAGCCUCCUGCUCGACGCCCUCUCGUUCUGCAUCUCGGGCCCGCGCAGGACGCCUCGCCGCUUCCGCAUCGUCUGCGCCGCCGCUGCCCUGUCGCUCGUCACCGCCGCCCACGUCGUCGUCACCCCCUACACAAAGGUAGAGGAGAGCUUCACCAUCCAGGCCACACACGACAUCCUCGUCCACGGCCUCUCGUCCAGCCGCCUACACCUCUACGACCACCGCGCCUUCCCUGGCGCCGUACCCAGGUCUUUUCUCGGGCCCCUCGUCCUCGCCGCUCCCACCUCGCUCGCCCUUCACACCCUUCCCUGGCUGCUGUCCGACGUCCUCCGUCUCCCUUCGCCCGCCCUCGACUCGGCCGACGUUCAGACGCUGGUCCGCCUCGUCCUCGCAUUCGCGUCUAGCACCGCCCUCGCCUUCUUUGCCGACGCCGUCUUUCCGCCCAGAUCAGAGCGCUCGCCUCACUCUCAGGGCGGCCCCGCUCAUGACCCGAAAGAACCCCCGCAAAGCCCGAGUGGCUCUGGCGGGCCUUCGCCCUACCUCUUCUUCCUCGCACUGACGGCGGCUCAGUUCCACUGCAACUUCUGGCUCAGCAGGACCGUCCCAAACUCGGUCGCCUUUCCCCUCGUCAUCCUCGCUCUCGGUCUGCUGGCGAGGGUUAGCCACGCUUCUCCCCACAGCUCGCACGUCGCUCGCAGACAGGCUUGCAUCGCCGUCGCCCUGCUCGUCUUUGCCGCCAGCGUACUGCGCCUCGAGGUCGUGGGCAUCCUCGCGCCCGCGGGACUGUGGAUCCUCUUCACCCGCAGGCUGGGUGUCGUCGACCUCGUGGCCGUGUCGGCCGGUGCCGGCCUCGUCAGCGCCCUGGCCACGACCUUCCUGGACACCUACUUUUGGCAAACCAUCGAGCCAUCGUCGGCCGCUCCGCGGUCAAUGUACGGAGCCUUCAAGCACUCGUUUCACCUGCUUCGCACAGGGGCCGGCCGGCCGCUGUGGCCGGAACUCGAGGCUAUGGUCUUCAACGUGGUCCAGGGCAAGAGCAGCGAGUGGGGCGUCUCGCCUUGGCAUGCCUACUUGACCGAGCACCUCGUCAAGCUGCUCGGGGUCUCGAUCCCGCUCCUGCUGGUUGGGCUUGUCGCCAUCUACGGCUCCCGCGCCGCACCGCGACAGUACCCGCACCGUGCGCUGCUCGCGCUGUUGCCCGCGGCGCACAUCGCCACCCUCAGCCUGCUCGGCCACAAGGAGUGGCGCUUCAUCAUGUACUGCGUGCCGUGCCUCAACGCCAUUAGCGCGAUUGGCGCUGCCAAGCUGCUCGACGUCAAGGGAGCGGGCUCGAACGUGCUUGCACGGGCGGUGCCGUAUGCUGUCCUCCUCCUCACGCUAGCGGGCACCUUUUUGGCGACCCUGGCCAGUCACUUCAACUAUCCGGGCGGCCAUGCGCUGUCGCGUCUGCACAGCCACCUCGACACGCCGGCUGGCCGGAACCAGGAAGUGCGUCUGCACAUCGACGUGAUGCCUGCCAUGACGGGCGUGACGCUGUUCCAGUCGCUGCGUCUCGAGCGGACCCUGUACCCGUUCUCGCUCUGGAGCUCGGCCCCCGGCACGCCGUGGAUCUACGACAAGACCGAGAACCUGCCCGUCUUUGGGCACGGUGCCAGGCUGGCGUGGACGGACUACACGCACCUGCUGACCGGUCACCGGGAUUGCAAGGUGCUAUACGAGGUGCCGCCUCUGGAUCUGCUGUCCAUCACGGCCGGACCAGGAGCAGCGGCAGGCCAGGGUGCGAUGACGACGGCGGCUGGUGCGGAUGCCGAUGCAGAGAGGCAGACGCCGGCGCUGGGAGACGACGAGCAGCCGUUCGAGACGUUGCUGCAGCCCGAAAAGGGGUAUGCCGGGCUGAGGCGCAAGUCGUUGGGGCGGCUGGUGGGCGACCUGAAGCAGGCGCUGCGCUCAGUCGUGCCGUGGUCCGAACGGCAGCGGCGAGGCCUGCUGGAGCUGGCGUUGCUCGUGUCGCCCUUUGAGGUGGUGCGCGAGGAUCAGGUGUGGAUCUGCAGCGCCAAGAGGCUGCAAUCGGCCUCGCCGUCGUCGGCACCCUCGUGA